CAUAACAGAGCGGAUAAGGGAGUCUUCUAGACAUAACAGCUGCAAAGAAUCAGAAAGAAAGCUGGGUCUGUUUUAAGGACAGUAAAAUCAUCUACUGUUUGGGGUACAUUCAUUUAUCUGAUACAGGUAGUGUUUCUACCAUGAGCUGUAGACAGAGUUCCAAAAACAGAUCCAGAAGUAAAAAGAUUGAUCAAUAUCUGCAGCAAGAAAAAAAGAGACUUCGGAGAGAAGUGAAAGUGUUGCUGCUUGGUACCAGGGAGUCUGGGAAAAGCACUAUCAUGAAGCAGAUGAAGAUUAUCUAUGAGGGGGACUACUCAGAGGAGGAACGCAGACAGUACAGAGCAGCUGUAUACAGUGACACCAUACAGUAUAUCACUGAUAUUGUAAGUGCCAUGGAGAGCCUGGGCAUUGGUUUUGGAGAUGUGGCCAGAGCUGAUGAUGCCAGGCAGCUGGCAGUGUUUGCCAGAGGUGCAGAGAAAGGGGUAAUGUCUGAGGAGCUGGCUGGUGUUAUAAAGAGACUGUGGGAAGAUGUGGGGGUGCAGACUUGCUUUAGUCACUCUCCUCAAUACAAACACAAUAAUUCUGCCUCGUAUUUUCUUAAUGAUCUGGACAGGAUCUGUCAAUCAGAUUAUAUCCCUACCCAGAAGGAUGUGCUAUGUACCAGAGACAAAACCACAUGCUUCACGGAAGUAAAUAUCCCGUACAUGGACAUAAAUAUUACACUUGUAGACCCAGGACAGCACAGAACAAAUUUUAAGAAAUGGAUUCAUUGCUUCAGUGAAGUUAUUUCUAUCAUUUUCUGUGUGGACAUUAAUGACUAUGAACAACUGCUAGAUAAGAAUCAUGAGAAAACAAAAUUGUUGGACAGCAUCUUGGUUGCCACAAACACUCCAGUUAUAAUUUUUUUCAAUAAGAAGGAUCAAUUUAAGCACUCAGGCUCUAUUACAUAUGACCAUAUUCACAAGCAGGUUUUGCACGAGGAACUGAAUAAUCCCAAAUAUUUGAUCUUCGGGUUUUUUUCAUGUGCCCAAGACACUCAAAACAUGAGGAAUGUAAGCAAAUCGUUGUGGUCCGUCAUUUUCAGUCCUUUUGUGAUAAACUUUCUGUUCACGAGAGACACAAAGUACUGUACUGGAGCCAAUCGGAAGCCAAGGGAUUAAGUACUAGUAAAUGUGAUAUUGAAGUAAACCAUGUUAUAAAACACUGAAAUAAAGGGAUAUAUUAUGUUAUAAUAAA